UUCAGAGCGGGAAGGAGGCCGGGAUGACGCCCAGAAGCGCCAUCUUGAUUGGGGGCAGGGCAUGGGAGGCACGGCGUUGGGCGCCAUCUUGGGUACGGGCAAGGGGGUCCGCAGCGUGCACGUUGUGCGGCCCGGGCCGCCAUGUUGGGGGCGGGCAGGGAAGCCGCGCGCCGCCGCCAUCCCGCGUGCGGGGCUGUCCGCCCGCUCUGCCCCUCGGCGGUCGUGCAGGGCCGAGAGGUUUGCUUAAGGUACAGGACGGAGUGAGUGUAAUCGCAGUUAAUGUCUUAAGGAUAAAGAUUACCAGAGGGUGAGAGAGGGAGAUCUUGUGAGGCUGUGCUCUGGAUGAGAUCCUGUCCUUGGGCAGUGCUGUGUGCUGUGGGAGGCUGCCUGCCUGACCUUGGAGCAGGUUCUGAGUGAGAAAGGCCAUUCAAAGAGUCACUUACUGAUCCCCACCUGAGAGAAGGCUCAGUGAGACAGAAAGCAGCAGCAUGAGUGGGAGCCCCAGAGACGGAGGGUGCAGCGGUGGCAGCUCCGUUCAGGCGGAUCUCUCCAGACUUGUGGACUGGGCACACACUCAUGGGACCAUUUGCAGCCAGAUUCCAACCCUGGAAUUCAUUCGGGACGUGGAUCUCCGGAGCAGCGACAACGCUGUGCUGUGGAUGUGCAGAUUUGGACAUGCCUAUCACUGGCCCUGUGGGAACUUAAAUGACAGAGGUGAAGAAGAGACUGAGGCUGUAGGAAAGAACAAGAGGCUCCUGUCUUCUGAGUCUUUGGCAAAGGAGUCCAGCUUUGAGGAAAAGAGGCUCAGGUUGAGCACAUCAUCUUUGAAGAUGGACCAAGAAGGUUCUAGGAGCACAGAGUCACCUGGCAGAUCGCAAGGGGUCACUGAGCAGAAGGCUGACACUGCUUACACAAGGAAUAACAAGCCCAAGGGGGGCCAAAACAGCAGAAAACUCAAAAUGUCAUUGUCUACAGCAGAGCAGCACUUCUCAGUGUCUGAUUGUAAUGUCCAAACUGGUGAACAGGAUAUGAAGUCUGACAGUGAUGAAGACUUGGUGGUCAUCUUUGAUGAAGAGCUGUGUGAGGCAGAUGAAGACAACCAAGGAGACAGAAUCACCCAGGAUAAUGUGUCAGAGCCAUCUGCUGAGGAGUCGCAGAUGCUCCACUGCCAGAAUAUGGCAUUGUACCAGCCAGCAUCCUCCCAAAGAGCUGCCUUUGCCCCCACAGCGAGGCCACCCCAACCCCACUCCUACGUUCUGCAGGCUUCUGCCAGUGACUCGGAGGACUCGAGCAGGAACAUCCUGAAGCUGGGUCCUUUGAGUGCUGCAGGGCCCAUGGCUGAAACUCCCAGAGCGAGGAGCCUGCCGGGCUCAGCAGCACCAAAGGAAUGUUUCAAACCCCUUCCUGUUCCCAGCACUGAAGCCAGGGCUCAGCUUGAAUCACAGCCCUUGGUGACAUUCUUUGAGCUCCAAGCCACUGCUGAUGUUCAGCAAUAUCUCCAGCUGAGCUCUCCAGACGGUUCUGAGAACAUGGGUGAGGACAGCAACACACUGGGAUCUGGGCAGACACCUUGUUCUUCAGACUUCCAGAGUCCAGAGAGCCAUCCACCUGCAGCCUCAAACAGAGAUGUGCUGAAGAAGCAGGAAAAAAAGAAAAGCUGUAACGUUGGAGACAUAAAAGUGUUCAAAGAGUGGCUGAAGUCGCACCACCCCUCCGAGAUGCGCAAGAUCCACGCGCUGCCUCCUGCAGACCUCGACCACUACCUGGUCUCAUUCUUCCUCUCUGCCAAGAGACAGGAUGGCAUGGAUUUUUCUGCCAAUUCCUUGGCUGUCUUGCAGCACAACAUCAGCUGCUACCUCAAGAACCACAACUACCAGUAUAACAUGUUGAGAGGACUAGAGUUCAGGGUCUCUCAGGAAGCCUAUAAAUUAAAGUAUUGGUACCUGUUCCAAAACAAAAAGAAAAAGGAGGAGAAAAAGUGGAAUCUUUUGGAGAGCCUGACAGAUGAAGAUGUGGAAAAUCUUCUCAAGAAGGGAAUUUUAAGCAAGACACACCCUCAGGGUUUGCUGCACCUCAUGCUCACCAAUCUCAUUAGGGGGUUUGGGGCACACACCCACUUCCAGGCCCCCAAGCUGUACUGGGGACAGGUGGUCCUGAGGAAGACCAAAGGAGACCUGGAGUUCUUAGAGUGGAAGGAUGAUCUGAGCCCUGGGGGAAAUGAAGGAGAGCUAAGCCCACAGCUCUUUGCCAAGCCUGAGGAUCCAGAGAUCUGCCCAGUUGCCAGUUACAAGGAGUAUGCCAAGAAGAGGCCGCCAGACAUGCUGAAUGACAAACACCCUCUUUACCUCUGUCCCAAGUCACUGUGCUCUGUCUGGGACAAAGUGUGGUACAGCAGGAAGGCACUGACAAAAGCCAAAUUCAAUAAAAUCAUGGAAGUUAUUACCCAGGACAUCAAAUGAGCCGUAAGGAAGACAUGGAAAUAGAGCUGUCCCUUCAGCUUUGCCCCUUCAAUCACUCCAAGGCUGCUCUGAAACAGAAUUCUAUUGCAAUAUUUGGUGUAGGUUGAGAACAAACAUCCUUCUGCUGGGCUCCAGCUUGGCACUGAAGGCAUCUACAGAUCUGCAGCGCCUUGUCUUUCAGUCAAGUUCCUUUGUUGUUAUUUCUGUUACUGGAUAAUUCAGUGAGCUAAUGAGAAUCUUCAGUUUCACAUUUGCCAAACAAGUUAAUGUCCUACCAAAUGGUCAAUGCUGUUAGAAACGACCAGUGCUGAUAGGGAGAGGGCUUGGGGGUGGCAGAGCCUGGCCAGGAGUGUCAGCUGCACCCACAUUUUGAGGGUGGCACCCCACACAGCUCAGCCUGGGACACAGACCUGCAGGAAAGGGUGAGUGACAUGAGGAGAGCAAUGAUGCUGCCAAUCCCAAGCUCACAGGAACGCUUCUGACAAGGUUCAGGUCAUUUCCCUUAGAGAAAGAUUCACAGAUUGAAGAAGUUGUGGCUGUUUUAAGAAGUUAUUUUAGAAGUCUGACAAUGUUGAAAGGUUUAUGUUAAGUUGUUUCCCUGGAAUGCAAAACACAACUCCACAAAGGCACUGGGAGGUGUGUUCAGCUCUGCUCAGCUGCCCCAGCGCUGUUUAGUGCCUGUUACAACUCAGUCAGGUUUUUGGUUGCACUGUUGACAGAGCCAAAUAAAAGAACCUUUAAUUCAGUCCUGUCUGUGUCUGAACAGCAGGUGAUGCUGUCCUGGAGCACUGGUGUGUUCCUGUUGUGCUCAGUCCCCCCUGCUCCCAGCCCAGUGGCACAGAGCUUUGGGCCCUUUGAAGCCCUGUGAGCCAUCCCCAUGGAUUCAAACGAAACCUUGAGGGGAUCAAGCUCUUUGCCAGAGUUGAUCUCAUUCAACCAAUUGAACAUCAAGAAGUAACUUAGGGACGUUUGAAGAGACGUAAAAACAGACAAACCCCUCAGGUGCUGCAGAGCGUCUGCCAGCUGUUCUUGUGCUUUGGAGCAGCGGUGGCAUCACUGUGACACCACGACUGAGCAGCUGUCCCGAGGGUCCCGUCGGUCCGGGUGACCUGGCCGCGGUCACACCUCUGGUCCCCGCUUCCCUCAGCCCCAGACCGGCCCGGGUCCUGCUCUUUCCUCCCCGUCGCUGCUCGGUUCAGCCCACGCCCAAGGCUGGCGAACGAGCGGCUGCUGACGGGAAGAGCAGGUUGCACAAUCACAGCACCUGGGCACCUCCCGGCUCCCUGGAGCUCCACCGGGGAAACCCCCGGUCAGCGCCCCCCGGUCCGCACCGGGACCCCGGCAGCGCUGGCGGAGCGGGCUCCGGGUCUCAGAGGGGUCGGUACUGGGACCCCCGGCAGCGCUGGCAGAGAGGGUCGGUCCCG